GUGCUGUAGUCCAUGGGGUCGCUAAGAGUCAGACAUGACUGAGCAACUGAACUGAACUGGGCACUGUCUACUCCCUAUUUUACACGACCACAUAUAAAAUAUGGGACUAUAUAGGUAACUUUAUCACUAGUUGAAAAAAAGGUCAAGUGAGACACGAAAAAAAAUUUAAAAAAAGAAACCCCACAUACACACAGGAAGCAAGGACUCAGUAAACAUUUGCUGAAUGAAUGAAUGAAACAAAGACACAAAUGAGAACAUGUUUUCCGCUGGCGAUGGAGCAGAAAGACGACAGCACCUCCUCCCGUCCCUCGACCCACCUCCCCGCUUAAAGAGAGUGAGAGACGGGUAGUGAGACUCAGGCUCGGCCUGCAGCCCAGAGUUGGGAAUCCUGGGUGGCCCAGGUUGCCAUGGCACCGCAUUGGACUCCACCCUCUCUCCCGCCCCUCCGGCCCACCAGCCCCAGCCAGAGUUAAGGCAGCCAGUCACGUGCCCUUCAGCGUAACCACACCUCUGCUCCUCCAAGCAAUGUCAAGCGGUCACGUGUGAUAGCAACAGAUCACGUGGUAUCAUCUCCUCCGCCUCUUUCCCCUCCUCGCCCCUUUCGCGUUCAAAGCCGCUUUCCCGGCUGCCCCUCUGCGCAUGAGCAGCCUGGUCACGUGGUCAGAACGUCCGGCGUUCGCCCCGCCCCUCCGAUUUCCGCGCGCCUCUUUGGCAGCUGGUCACAUGGUGAGGGUGGGGGUAAAGGGGGCCGCUCUAGCCUGCGGCCUGUGUCUAUGGUCGGGCCCUUAGCGUCCAGCUGCCCAGGACAGACCUCGAGUGUAUGGCGCUGCAGGAACCGGCUCCGGGGUCCGGGUAACGGGCCGACCCCGCAGCUCCUGACACGGGGCGAGGCUCUCCUCUGGCCUGAGAAUGGCUACCUCCCGAUAUGAGCCAGUGGCUGAAAUUGGUGUCGGUGCCUAUGGGACAGUGUACAAGGCCCGUGACCCCCACAGUGGCCACUUUGUGGCCCUCAAGAGUGUAAGAGUCCCCAAUGGAGGAGGUGCUGGAGGGGGCCUGCCCAUCAGCACCGUUCGGGAGGUGGCCUUACUGCGGCGCCUGGAGGCUUUUGAGCAUCCCAAUGUUGUCAGGCUCAUGGAUGUCUGUGCAACAGCCCGGACUGACCGGGAGACCAAAGUGACCCUGGUGUUUGAGCAUGUGGACCAAGACCUCAGGACGUAUCUGGACAAGGCACCCCCACCAGGCUUGCCAGUGGAGACCAUAAAGGAUCUGAUGCGCCAGUUUCUAAGAGGCCUGGAUUUCCUUCAUGCCAACUGCAUUGUUCACCGAGACCUGAAGCCAGAGAACAUUCUGGUGACAAGUGGUGGGACAGUCAAGCUGGCUGACUUUGGCCUGGCCAGAAUCUACAGCUACCAGAUGGCACUUACCCCUGUGGUUGUUACACUCUGGUAUCGCGCUCCAGAAGUCCUGUUGCAGUCUACAUAUGCAACACCCGUGGACAUGUGGAGCGUUGGCUGUAUCUUCGCAGAGAUGUUUCGUCGAAAGCCUCUCUUCUGUGGAAACUCUGAAGCUGACCAGUUAGGCAAAAUCUUUGACCUGAUCGGACUGCCCCCAGAGGAUGACUGGCCCCGAGAUGUGUCUCUGCCCCGAGGAGCCUUUUCCCCCAGAGGGCCCCGGCCAGUGCAGGCGGUGGUCCCUGAGCUGGAGGAAUCUGGAGCACAGUUGCUGCUGGAGAUGCUGAGUUUUAACCCACACAAGCGAAUCUCCGCCUUCCGAGCGCUGCAGCACCCUUAUCUACACAAGGCAGAAGGUGACGCAGAGUGAGCAGCGGAAUGGCUGGAACAGAACCAAGGCGAGAGACCACCAAAUUUCCCUUCCUUUGAACACUUGAGUGGAGAGCCCCCCCACUGAGAAGGCAACCUCUGCCUUCACCUCUGAAGCUGUGGCGGCGACUCCAACUUUUUACAGACGAUAUUUUACUGCCUUAACGACAUUCCCCUCCCACCUUUCUGAGGCUUAUCCUUAUCCUGUGUCCUUACACCAAGGGGUAUGUCCCUUGUGCUCCCCUUCUUUAUACCUUUAUAUUGGGAUCCUUUUUUAUACAGGACAAACAAAACAAAGAAAUAAUGGUCUUUUUUUUUUUUUUUU